AUGGGCCAGCUGUCCCGGGCGCCCAGUCCUCGGACCCGGAGCCAGAGUCCGCGCGGACCAGCGCCACAGCCGCUAACACCGCCGCUGCCGCUGCUGCUGCUGCCGCUGCUGCUGCUCCCGGCGGCCUUCCCAGCCCAAGGUGUGAUUGUGGAGAGCCCCUUGGGAGCCUCUGGACUACCAACAAGAACGAGGGACCAUUCUGAUGGGUACGAGAUUGUCAGCCCCUCUCUUCUGAAUGGAGAACCAUGGGAUCCACUCAGUAGCAGCUCGUCUAAGGGUCACCCAGUGGGACUGAGUUUCCGAAUAGAAGUGGAUGGCAAGGAGCUGAUCAUUCAUCUGGAGAGAAAUGAAGGCCUCUUGGCUGACAACUUCACAGCAACCCAUUAUCGGCGAGAUGGCACCGACGUCUCCCUCGCACAGAAUGACACGAUGAAGAAACUGAGGGGACUUAUUCUAUUGGGAAGCCAAGCCUACAUCUUGGAGCCAUUGAAGGAGGCUGCAGGUAAACACAAGUUCCAGCCAGCAGAGACUCUGAAAACAGCCUGGGGGUCGUGUGGACAGCAGCAGCUCAACGUCUCAGGCAGGACUGUGGAUGGCGCUCAGUGGUCCCCUCACGUGUUGACAAGGAGGCACAAACGGGAAACGCUGAAGACGACAAAAUAUGUGGAACUCGUGAUCGUGGCGGACAAUCGGGAGUUUCAGAGACAAGGAAAAGACGUGGAGAAAGUUAAGCAGCGUUUAAUCGAGAUCGCCAACCAUGUGGAUAAGGGGCCCUUCAAAAUGGCUCGAGGGAGCGAAAAAGGCAGCCCUUUAGAGAACCAGCCCACCAGAGGCCUGAAAAAGAUUGGGGGCUGCCGGAAGGCCAAGGCUGGUCAUGGCCUCAUCCCACUUUGGCUCAUCUUCAACAUUGCUCCAUAUGAGUUCCUGAAGGCCAGGCAUGGCCUUCUCGGACACUGUCCAGAGCCCUGGAGGAAUCCCAUCCGCGAGAGCCCGAGGAGGGCGGAGGAUUCCGGGCCAGGCGUGGCAGAGAGAUGCCUCUGGAACUCGGAGAACGAGAAUCCUCUGACGAAUAACCCGCCGCCACCCGGAAUCACGAGCCUGGGAUCAGUCAGCCGGUCAACGAGUGUUUAUGAAAUGUUUACUCUGUACCAGGGCCGGGGCGUGAUGCAGAGGAAGGCCGGAGCCCUCACAGUUGGACGAUCCACCAGGCAUUCCCCGUGUGACCGUGGGCGAGGCGCUGGCCUCUCUGGGGCUGUAAUCAUGAAGGAGCCGAGCAAGAUAGCCUCGCAGGCACCUGCCUGCUCUCAAUCUGGAAUAUUCCGGCCCAGCAUCCACAUUUUUCCUCCAGCAGAAACUCGCUGUUGUGGGGUCUACUUCCAAGGAACCACCAUUGGGAUGGCGCCCAUCAUGAGCAUGUGCACCGCCGAGCAGUCUGGAGGUGUGGUCAUGGAUCACUCAGACAGCCCUCUCGGCGCAGCCGUCACGCUGGCCCACGAGCUCGGCCACAAUCUGGGGAUGAACCAUGACACGCUGGAGCGCGGCUGCCACUGUCAGUCGGUGACCGAUAAAGGAGGCUGCAUCAUGAACCCAUCCACCGGUUAUCCGUUCCCCAUGAUGUUCAGCAGCUGCAGUAAGAGGGACCUGGAGACUAGCCUGGAGAAGGGGAUGGGCAUGUGCCUCUUUAACCUGCCCAACAUCAAAGAAUCCUUUGGGGGACAGAAGUGCGGCAACGGCUACGUGGAGGAAGGCGAGGAGUGUGACUGUGGGGAACCAGACGAAUGUACCAAUCCAUGCUGUAACGCAACUACCUGCACUUUGAAGCCUGAGGCUGUGUGUGCCCAUGGACUCUGCUGUGAAAACUGCCAGCUGAAGCCUGCUGGGACAGCCUGCAGAGCCUCCAGUAACUCCUGCGACCUGCCUGAGUUCUGCACUGGAGCCAACCCGCACUGCCCUGCCAACGUCUACUUACACGACGGUCACCAGUGCCACCGCGUGGAUGGCUACUGCUACAAUGGCAUCUGCCAGACCCACGAGCAGCAGUGCAUCACCCUCUGGGGCCCAGGUAAGGGGGUCCCUGGUGGGGCAGGUCAGAGUCCCCAGCUAGGCGGCUGGCUCGCGGGUGGUCUGCAUUGCCCGGCCCUGAGUGAUGGACUUGGGCUCCAGGCAGCCGGAGGAGUCCGAGACCACAUCUGGAGAUUUGUGUAUAGCUCAGGGCAUCAAAAGGACAUCAUGCAGCUGUAUUGCAUCCAGAAGACAUGCAGAACGGGCAGCCAUGAGUCCUUGUUCUUGUCCUAUGAUCCUAUGCUCUGCCUCAAUCGCCGUUGUCAGAAUAUCAGCGUGUUCGGGGUCCACGAAUGUGCCACAAAGUGCCACGGGCGUGGAGUUUGCAACAGUAACAAGAAUUGUCACUGUGAGGCCGACUGGGCCCCGCCAUUCUGUGACAAACCAGGCUUUGGCGGGAGCAUCGAUAGCGGGCCCAUCCGGCAAGCAGAUAAGCGAGGGCUGACCGUGGGCAUCCUGGUGACGUUUCUCUGCCUCGGGGCGGCUGCCUUCGUCACCUAUCUCAAGAGGAAAACUCUCAUUCGCCUGCUGUUCACUAACAAAAAGACCAAGACGACCAUCGAAAAACUCAGGUGUGUGAGUCCUGCUCGGCCAUCCGGAGUCGUGGAACCCAACCGUGCUCGGACCACAAACCUCAGCCACGGUCUGCUCAGAAAGCCCCCCGCCACAAACACACCAAAGGAGAAUUGCAGAAGAUUACCAAAGUAUCAGAAUAUCGACAUCAGCAACCCAGUGAAGACCCUCGACUCUUCAUUGCCCUUUCAUCAGGGGCCAAGUCAUCAGAACGUGCCCGUGAGACCCCUGCCAGCCAACCCUCCAAUCAGGCAGACCCAGGGGACGCAGAAGCCAAGUCCUCCCCAGAAGCCUUUGCCUGCAGACCCUCUGAGCAGAACCGCUCGGCUCAGUGAAACCUCCAGGAGAACGCCUGGGCAGCAGGAGCCCGGCCAUCGCAUCGUACCCAUCAGGUUGGUGCUGCCCAGCUAG